GCUGAUUUGCAUGCUGCGAAGUGGGCCAUCGAUUGUGCCAAAGAUUACGCCGACCCGCGCCCGCCAAUCUUCACCCAGCACGGCAUCAACACUCACAUGUUCCUGUGGGGAGUUACAGUCAUCAACAAGGUGGUUGACAUGGGCGCUCAAUUGGGUCGAGGCUUGGACUUCUUCGAGGUGUUUGCUGGCAAUGCGGGCAUAUCGAAGCAACUGAAGGAGUGGAGUUACAAUGUCACCGCCAUGGAUCGCAGCACGUGCAGGAUCUUCGAGGACAUGUGCCUGCUCGCGGGUCUCUUCUACGGUGCGCUGACCGCCCUCAGGGUCGUGGCGAAGGGCACAGUAUGGUUUUCGCCUCAAUGCUCUACGUGGGGCAACAUGGCGAGGCACCACACCGAGCGGUCCCUUGAGGAUCCGAUGGGAGACACCAACCGCCGCGACAUGGUUGAGGCCAACAC